AUGGACCGGGGCGGACAUAGAAACCACGGCGGAUGGAAUAGAAACAAUCGUGGAAGAGGUGGCGGACCGCCAUGGCGCAAUGGAAACCCAUUCCAUCAGGGUUUCAACAAAGGUGGUCCCAAUCGAAAUCAUCGCGGCAACUUUCGAGGAAGCAACCAGAACAGAUUCAAUAACUCUUUCGACAGGAAUCGCGACAGAUCACCGUCGAACUCUCGAGCGCAGAACAGUGAGAGUAGGGACAAGGACACUCGUUCGUUGCCCUCCACGCAGACCUUAGAACCAAAGAAGACGUCCCUGCUCGACUCCACGCCGUCGAAAACGAUCCCCGCGGAGACGACUAACUCGAAUUCCAACUCGAACUUCCUCGGGAUUGGCUACGGAUCAGAUGACGAUGAUGACGAGCUGGACGAUGGUCUGAAGAUCGACGAAGGAUCAACAGAAGAAGACGCUCACUCCGAAAAGGCGGCUGAAACCGUUCCAGCAAAGGAUAAAACAAUGGCGAAAUCAGAUGAAACAAGCAAGAGCAAAAAUAUCGAAGAAACAACGACCCUAGAAAAAGAAGGCGCAAGCGAUAAAGAACCAAAAGCGAAAAACCCAUCAAAAAGCGACGAAAAAGAGGUUAAAAUUUCGCCGGAGAAAUCGAAAACAAGCGAAAAAGAAAAGACGGAAGAAGAACAACAGAUCGGAAAACCGAGCAGCGAAGCUUCGUCGACAGGAGAGAGUGUAAAUAACAGCACCGAGAAAAUGGAGAAAGUGCCGCCUCCGCCGCCGUCAAAGCCUGGGAAAAAGCUCGAUGAAGCCGAUGACGGAAAAAAGAAGAAAGAUAGUGCUGCAGUAACUACUGAAACUAAAGAAAAGAAAAGUGAGGAGAAAAAGAAGGCGCAAAAUCCUGAAGCUUCUGUCGAAAAGAAAGCGGAGAAUGAAAAAAGCUCCGAAGAAGGUGCUAUAGAAGAAUUGUCAGCAAAAGCUGCUUCAUCAGGAGGAAAAGUGCCAGAAAAGAAAAAACAAGACGAUAAUCAACAAAACAAGACGCAACCGAAGUCUGAGAACAACGGCUCAGGCGCCAAAGCUCUUGAAGAAAAAGAGCCAAAGAAAAGUGCCGAAAACGAGUUGACAAAAAACGAUAUUCUGAAAACGUCCAAAAGCGAAACCUUGAAAGAUUCGAAAGAGCCAACACCAGCUCAAAGCGACAAAGAAGGCGAAAAAAGUACUCCCGAAUCCAGCAGCGAACCAAAGAAGAAGAAUUUGAAAGAAGCGGCGAAAGAUUCCGAUAAGAGUACGGCCAAAGCCGAUGUAAAAUCCUCGCCGAAGAAGGAGAAAACAUUAACGGUUAUCCAAAAAUCACCAGAAAAAAUGACGGACAAGAGUGAAAAGACGCCUGAAAAGCCGCAAAAAGAAGCCGCUAAAAAGUCUCAAGAAGUAACAAAGUCCCCAAUAGAGAAAAAAGAAACAAGAAGAAGCUCUCAAAGCUCGGAGAAGACGGAUAGCGAGAAGAAACCUCCGCCGCCGCCCCCGAAAAAGACCGAGAAGACGCUGCUCAGCGAUGAAAAAAUCUCAUCGAAGAAGUCCAUCUCUUUGAAUAAUCUUCUCAAGGAGAAAGAGAAGGAAUUGAGCAACAGCGAGAAAUCACCAUCUCCUAAAAUAACUCCCGAAAAAAGUACGAGAACGCGGCCGGAACGUACCCCACCUGAGUCUAAAAGGAAGUCUUCUGAUUUGAUCAAAAAGGAACAGACCAAAAUUGAUCGCUUUAUGACUUCCAAGCAGGAUCAGGGAACAAAAGUGAAUGACAUUAGUGAGAAGUUGAAAAAGCAAAAAGAAGUGGAAGCAGAAACUGGCAAAAGCUCGAGUGCGGAGGGGAGAAGGAGCGAGAGAUCAUCGCGCCGGAGCACUGGCAGCAGGAGGGACUCCUCUUCCAGAAGCCCGGAAAGAAAAAUCGAAAAAGACAACGAGCGACGCAAGAAAGACGACAAGCCCAAGGUUUUAUCGGAGGACAUUUUCGACCGGGAGGUUGAGAAGUCUCUCGGCGAGAAGAAAUCGCUGCGGGCGUUCUCCCGGCCAGACCCGCAGAAACGAUCCAGCUCUUCAAUGGAACCGGACGAUGAAAAACAACCAGAAGCGAAGAAGUCACGCACAGAACUCUCACCUUCUCAAGAUGGUUUGAUGAGUCCGACUCGCACGAAGGUCACAUCUUUGCAGGAACGGAGGAGCUCGGUCACAAAGAAAGAGAGCCCUUCCCCAACGGAACUGAACGCCACUGCUCUUGAUCUUCAUCCAAGUGCGGAUGGAAGCAACGAUUUUUACUGCUGGUCUUGCCAUCUCGAGGGCAAAGUUGUUUGCUGCGACGUUUGUCCUCGUGUAUAUCACGAAAAAUGCCUUCCGAAAGUUCAAAAGAAGAUACAAGCUUCAGAGCGUUUUUUCUGCCCCGAAUGUACCCGAAUAGAAGAAGCUGAAAAUCUUGAAACUAGGGUCGAGAGCAUGAAGAAUGUCUCGCUUCAUAAUUUAAGCAUAAUGCUUCGAAACUGCCUUAGUAAAAUUCGUCCGCCAGGAAUCGAGAUCUUCAUGCAACCUGUUGACACGCAGGCGAAUCCAAACUAUCUAGACUACAUUUUCCAUCCUAUGGACAUGUCCCAGAUAGAAGCGAACAUCAAAGAGAAGAAGUACGGAUCAACUGACGCGUUUUUGGCCGACUUGAAAUGGAUCAAACAUAAUUGCAUCAUUUUCAACGGAGCGAAGAACGACUUUUCAACAACUGCGAACAAAAUCAUUCGUAUCGCGGAGACAGAGUGCCAAGAAAUCGAAAACUGCCCAUCAUGCUAUCUUGGGCCUCUGACGAAGCCUGUGGAUUGGUUUGUGCAAGUGUGCGACAAGGUUCACCCGAUCGUCUGGGGAAAACUCUCUGGCUAUCCUGUUUGGCCGGCGAAGGUCAUGUGCUGCCAAAGGUUGGGUUCACAGAGUAAAGGGAGUGGUGACUCUAAAACCUCUCGUCAUCACGUGGACAUCCGCUUUUUCGGUCAACACGACAAGGCUUGGCUCUCGGUGACGCACGUGACGAUGCACACUUCCGAAGACCCGUACACUCGCCCUGGUUGUCCCAAGGCAAACAAACAAAAGAAAGAGUUCGAAGAAGCCAUCAGAGAACUAAAACAAUACAUUGCAAACCUUGAGCGAAAAUAUGGCAAAUUAAAACGAUUUCCACCGAAGACCCCUUUCGAUCCCGAAAAACAUUUCGAUGUGAAAAAUCUUUUUGAAGCAGUGCCGGGAAAUGUGCUUGCCAAAAUACCUCCCUUGCGGAAAGAACCACGAGCUAACGAUAAGAUAAAAACCCUUAUCAAGGGUGUCUCGACGAUUAUCAAUCCCAAGUCCGACAAGCAAAAGUCAGCUGACUCAGAUGACUCGGCGAACGGAGCCUUCGAUUUCCCCUCAGAUGAUGACUCUGAUGAUGGUAAUAAGUUGAUUAUCUCUGACGAGGCGUCGAAAGAGGACGUGAAGAAACGCAAGCCGAAGAGUGAGCCGGCCCGUGCUCCCAAGCGCCUUCGCUCUGACAGCCCAGCCGAGACGACGGCGCAGCAGCAAAAGUCGAAGCUACGGACAGAGUCUCCAAUAUCAGAGAAAUCGGCGCCGCCUCCUCCUCCACCAGAGGGUAAAAACGCAUAUCACCGUCAAGAGAAAGAGCGUAAAGAAGCCAUCAAGCGAGGUCGGGAAAGGCCACCUCCUCGCUCUACGCCAGAGCCGAAGGUGCUUGAGCCACCCAACAAUACCCCUAAAAACGGAAAGGAAAAGUCCAAAGGCGCAGCCAAAGAAAACUCGCGCUUGGGCUCGGCCAGUAUUUUAUCGGAAAUACAGGGACUAAAAGCGCUAUCAAGCACGAUUCCUCGCGACCUCUCCCCUUCGUUAAAUACACUGCCAGUAUCUGGUUUACCGCCCAAUGUCUCCAUGGGUCAAUAUCAAGAUCGUAUAAUGGGCCACUUUGAGCACAUUAUCAAACAAAUGUACGGUGAAAUGCUGUCAAGUUUAGAAGGCGGGGGGCAAGCGGAAGCACUUCGGCUGGAAGUUGACCGCCUGAAAUGGCAGCACGAGAUGGAGCUGGCAGAUAUGAGACAUAACAAUGAACUCACUAUAGCCGAAAUCCGACAGAGUAUGGAAAAUGAGAAGAACCUUGAGAUAGAACGUCUCGAAGCGAAACUGCGGAAGGAGCAAGAAGAGGCCAUUCUGGCUACGAAAUCGAAGCAGUGGUGCGCUCAGUGUGGCAAGGAAGCUGUAUUCUACUGCUGCUGGAACACGGCUUACUGCGACUAUCCGUGCCAGCAGGGUCAUUGGCCUGUCCACAUGGAGCACUGUACGCAAAGUCAAGGAGGCCAGCCGCCUAAGUAG